GACCUGCCGCAGGUCCAAAACGAGGACCCGACCCACCAUCGCCUGCUGACCUUCAACGCGUUAUGGCACACGGCUCUGAACGCUUCCUCCGACAGCCUGCUCGUCUACUCCACCGGGCGGUCCCCAACAUUGUACCGCCAGCUAUGGGAGGAGGCGCCGCUCCUCACGCCCGCCGUACUCAUUUGCUCCGUUGGUACGGAAAUCUUUUACCUGCCCGACGCCGAAUGGGAGGCCCUUUUGGAUCAGGGCUGGGACAGGCAGCGCGUACUGCAGGUUGCAGCCGGGUUCCCAGAGCUCCGGAAGCAGGUGGACAGUGAGCAGCGACGUCACAAGCUCAGCUUU